AUGGCUGCUCGCCGGCUCGCCAUCUCCUCCUUGUUGUGCCCCGAUGACUCGCCACCACCCUCGGCCUCCAUUCCCUCUCGACCAUCUCCCAGCCCUGUUCAGUCGCGCCCCAUCCUCGAAUCGCGCUCGUCAGGAGUGCGCGCGCAUGACAGGCCUCUCUCGAACAUUGAGCAUCCCGUCCAUCUCUGGAGACACACCCCGUCCCCGCAUUCAGAAGACGAUUCGCCACCCCCUACAACGCAAUCGUGGUCCGCAUACAGACACCGCUCCCCAGAUCGUGUCGCAGGCUACGCAGACACCCGACCAGCCUUCUCCGUCCAUGGUUUCGACUUCACUGAUCAUGCCGGCCGUCGCCCGCCACUCCAGGCUGAAUCAUCACAUCCUCAGCCUUCGCUUAGGGUUUCCGAUCCCUACCAUCAACAUUCCUACUCGCCACCGAGUACGUCCUACUCUACGAGGCCUUCUUCAUCACGCAGUGAGCACUCCGACUCCCCGUCGACGUCACAGCCCUACGCCAUCCAGCCCCCACCUCAUUCGCCCUCGCAGUCACCGGCCUCCAUCUACAACUUACUUCUGCAUCGGCAGGCUUCAGAAUCACCAGUCUUGUCUAGCCGCCACGCAUCUGCGUCUCCCAUCAACUACUAUAAUCCCGUGACGCAGCCAGAAUCAUCGUAUCGCACUCCUCAACUGUCCUACCAUCAAGUGGCCCAAGCAACCGUCCAAGGCCGCGUUCUGUCUGGGCCUGCGAGUCCACCUCUACCAUUUUCCACCAGUCAUCAACUCGCCCAGCGGGUGCCUCAGCCGCGCCCCUUUCCUCCGCCACAUUCUGCGCUGGCGUUAUCGGACCCCGUCCCUACAGUUAGGAAUACGUCGGCUGCCGCGUUGCCCAACAUCCUGAAUUCCUAUUCACCCCCGCAACGCUCGAGCGGUCUCGGCGGCCUGGAGGCGCUCGUGCAAGCUGCAACGGAGGAGCGGAGGAGGCUGAGCGGGGAGAUAUCGAGUUCAGAGGCGGUGAGGAGGAAUGACAGCCCUCGAACGAGUUUGAGCCCUGUCAUGGGGCGCGCAAGUGCACAACCAGAGGCGGCGCAGCAGCGACAGCUUCAACAGCCAACGCCAAGUCCACAAGUUUCUCAUCCUGCUUUGGGCCUUGACAUUCCCGCCCUUGUUUCUCACAGGGAUGGUGAACCGCCCCUGAAGAGGCGUCGAGGCUCUGGUGUCGCCCCGUUCGACGUACCUGUGAUGGCGGAGUCACAUCAUCACUCAUCACUGACCGGUGCUUCCUCGGUGUCCCCCUUGGAAGUUAGAUCACCAUCCGGUUUUCAAUUUAGGUCGGAGGUUGUUCAAGCACCUGCUCCUGCCAAUAUUGUCGGAUUAGGUGAAGGAACUCAGAGAUCGCCCUUAUUCGGUCCGGGAGGAGACGGUGGAGGUGCGGCUGGCAGCACCGAAAGCGCGUUAUCUAGUUACCAGGCACCCACAGCUGCAACCCCACCCGCGCCGAGCCUGCAGCCCGAGGAUAGCGGUCCGCAGCACAGUGAAGAAGUAUUCGCGGGACCGGGAGGACAGCCGGAAAAGAAAGAACAGAAGAGGCGCGAGAGACCUGCGCACAAGAAGGAGAAGGGGGAAAAGGCAAAGGGCGGGGAGAAGGGGAAGGCGAUUCCUCGGGAUGAACAUGGAAGGCGCGAGGCCAAGCUUCAGCAUUCACAGAGGAUUGAGACGCGGGAGGAGGAUCCGCACGAGUGGUUACUCGAGCAUUACGCUGCAGCGUCGCCUCCGAGAAGGACGCGGGCGUUGUCUCCCGUCGAGGACAAGAAACAACCCCCUUCCUAUUCCUUCCCGUCGCAUGCACGCGAUUCCAAGGAAGGUGCGUCACCAACCGAAGACCCGUUGCCUCACACUGGCCGUGCCGACUCGAAGAAACAUAAGUAUGCACGAAGUCGCACCCGCACGCCGACUCCGCUAGCAAUGCUCGAGCAAGAGCUUGACGCCCCUAAUGAGGUAGCACCCUUCUCGUCGGCAAAGGCUGAGGGAAGCGAGACUAGCCUCAGCUUAGAGCUUGAUCUCGCUGCCGACGCAGUGCCAGACGACAAAUCAGCCGGUCGCGAUGACUUCAUGGAUCUCGACGUCGAGGACGAACUCUUAAGUCUUUUGGACGACAAGCCGCGACCUUCACACUCCCGCCCGAAACAUGUUCCGUCGGCUCACUCAAAGCACACCCACUCCAGCAAGCGAACAUCCGAUGCCAGACAUGCUCACUUAACACCUGAUGUCCAACGUGAGUCAAUGCCGCCUCCGGCACUGACCAACGUGGGCACUUCCAGGGAAGUUGCGCUGACGGGUCCUGCAAAGACGAAAGGCUCUGGGGUCGUCAGUGUGGCUUCUCAUCACAAGAAGAAGGACAUUAGUGAGAAGCCUAUGCCGAAGCCGAAGCAGCCUCCCAAGACGAAGCCCAAGCCUGCGGCGAAACCUAAAGUCAAGGCUACCGGUAGUAAGGACGGCGCUACCUCUGCCCUCAGUCCUGCGUCCGCUUCACUCACGCCUGCGAUUCCUGCCCCUAUGACCAAAGGCAAGAAGACCGCCCCUCCUCCCGGACUUGGCUCGUCAGCACCCAAGCGGUCUGUCUCUGCUGCUGCAGGAACGUCUCGUUCGCGGUCCACAUCUGCUAUGCCCGGUGGCUCGGUGGGGCCUGAAGGCAAGGGGCAAGUUGAUGGCGAGGAUGGUGCUGACACGGACGAUAAACUCUACUGCGUGUGCAAGACAAGCUAUGACGAGGACCGAGUGAUGAUCGCGUGUGAUCGGUGCGAUGAGUGGUAUCAUACGCAAUGCGUGAACAUGCCGGAUGUCGAAGUAGACCUUGUCGACCAGUUUAUAUGUCCGCCGUGCAUCGAGAGCAACCCACAUCUCUCCCUCCGAACUACAUACAAACGCCGAUGCCUAUACGGCCUCAAGCACCCCAACCCGUCCUCACCAAGUGCUUGUCACAAACCCGCUCGCGGUGCGUUCUCGAAGUAUUGCUCGGACGAGUGCGGCAUGCUAUAUAUGCAGUCUCGCAUUGACGCCUGGGGCGGUGACAAGAGGCGUCUUUGGGAGAGUGUCAAGAGCGCUGACAAGCGCGAGGGUGUCGCGGUCUGCGUCAAAGAGGUGAAGGACGUGCAGGAAACGGCGGACGCCGCCAAGCUCAACGGAAAUCAUCCUAUGCCCGCUGAGCGAUUGUCAGACCUUCCUGUUGAAGUCGUGAUGCCAACGAAGACGAAAGUCGAGCGGGACAUGGCACACCUGCACGUCCAACUGGAGAGGGUUGCUCAGAGGCGUGACGAGCUCAAGAAACAGAUGGAAGUGGUCGUAUGGCGGGAGAAGCUCGUGGAGUACGCGACCGCUCGCGCGGAGACACUCGACGAGUGCGGAUGGGACCAGCGACUGUGCUUCGGCGACGAGGAAUAUGCCGAGUUCGGCGCUGGCGUUUUGGAGAGCUACGAGGAGUUGGAUCAGCAGGGGGCUGAGGUGGAGGGUGAGCACAUGCAGGUUGAUGGUGCUCCUGAAGAGGGCGAGUGGUGGUGCAAGGGGAAGAAGAAGUGCGACCGUCAUGCGGGAUGGCAGAAGCUACGUUUAGCCGAAGUUAGCUUCGAGAAGGAGACGAUGGAGACUGCCCUGCUGCAGCUCACCACCGGUGAACGAGAGAUCCGAAGACAAAUUGAAGACGUUAUCGACCCUAAAGCCCGCACCUCUUCCAUGGGCACAGGUUCACCCUUGCAGCCAUUGAAUGGAAAAGCCUCCUCCAAUAAUUUGUCUCACUCAAAAUCAAACGGUGACCAGGUCAAGAAGGGAAAGAAACGGAAGAACUAG